AUGGUAAUUAAUCAGCCUUCAAAUCUUAUCAAAUUAACCAAUGUGUCAGUUGUAAGGUUAAAAAAAGAAGGAAAACGAUUUGAGAUUGCAUGUUAUAAAAACAAAGUAGUUGAAUGGCGCAAUGGAAUUGAAAAGGAUAUUGAUGAGGUUCUACAAACUAAUAGUGUAUUUACAAAUGUAUCUAAAGGUCAAAUUGCGUGUAUGGAAGAUUUAAAAAAAAUUUUUAAAACAGAGGAUAUAAAUGAGAUAUUAUAUGAGAUACUUAAUAAGGGAGAGAUGCAAGUAGGGGAGAAGGAGCGAAUGUAUCAGAUUGAAAAUGUGUAUAAAGAUAUUGUUCGAACAAUAGUAGAUAAAUGUGUUAAUCCGACGACAAAGAAGGCGUAUACGACAUAUAUGAUUGAGAAUGCACUUAAGAAUAUUGGGUUUAGUGUAAAAUUGAAUAAAAAUGUUAAAUCUCAGGCAUUAGAUGCAAUUAAACAAUUAAAAAAGAGGAAUGUUAUUCCUAUAGAACGUGCAAGAAUGCGUAUUCGCAUAGUUAUUCCGUCAGAAAAAAACGUAGUGUUAAAAGAGGAAUUAAAGCAAUUAAUGACAGUAGUUAUGGAUGAAGAAAGAAGUCAAGAAUUUCAUACUGUAAAUAUUAUUAUUGCAUAUAUUGAUCCUGGAGAUUAUAGACGUAUUAUAAAUAUUGUUAGACAUGGAAGUGAUGAUAAAGGUUGUGUUGAAGUUUUGGAUUUAAAAGAAAUAAUUGACGACUAA